AUGCAGCAGACGCCGGAGAUUGGCAUUGACACGGAGAUGGUGAAUUCAGCCACCACUCGACCGCCAGACAAACCUCCUGAUACUCCAUUACUCUUUAAAGGUACGAAACCCUCUUUCAGGGAUAUUACUCUUCUUUCGAAGCCACUUCCUCCUCCACCUAAGAAACGAGAUCUGUUCAAAGAAAACAUUGCAAGGAUAAAUCUAAUUGACAACGAUCGUUUGAAGCCGGUCUUGGAGCUCGAUCCAGAAUAUUAUGCCUCAGUUUGCCAUCCGUAUGAAGAUGGGCUUGUGGUUCGGUUGCUAGGGAAAAGAGUAUCCUUUUUCUACAUGAGAGAGGGGCUUAAGCGGCUGUGGAAACCUCACGGACAUUUCGAGCUUAUUGAUUUGGCAAAUGGCUUUUUUAUGGUGAAAUUCACUAGAGAAGAAGACCGGGAAACAGCUAUGAAUGGAGGCCCAUGGAUGCUCUCGGGCCAUUAUGUUACAGUUCAGAAAUGGACUCCUCAAUUUAAUCCGUUCAAUGAGUUGAUUGAAAAUACCUUGGUCUGGAUUCAGUUUGCAGGGCUAAACCUGGCUAUGUUUGAUGAGAAUAUAAUGUUCUGUCUGGCAUCUAUGGUGGGAACACCAGUUCGGAUUGACCUUAACACUUCCACAAUUGAAAGGGGUAAGUAUGCGAGAGUUUGUGUUCAAAUUGAUUUGAAUCAGCCAGUUGUGGGUCAGGUAGGGUUCCAGGGAACUUGGUAUAAGGUUGAAUAUGAGGGCCUAUACCUUCUAUGCCCCUUGUGUGGUCGAUAUGGCCAUAAUCGCAAUACAUGUUCCUUCGUAAAUCCAACGGAGUCUGUUGCCCCGCAAACAUCGAUUGAUAAGGGCAAAGCUAGUAGUAAUGAAUCUGAAAUGAAACCCCCAGAAGCACUACAUGGAGAUUGGCUCGUGGAAAAAAGGAGGAGAAGGGGUAAACCAAACAAGAAUGUGGGAAAAGGGGAGAUGUCUUCUGCAUAUCCGGCUGUUUACAAGAUGCAAAGUAAGGCUAAGAUUGAUCCUCAGAAACAAGUUAAGAAUUCAAAAUCCAAGAAAGAGGUAUCUGGAGGUUCUCGAAAGGAUACCCAAACUCAUCAGCUGCCAUUAGUUGAAGUUGAAACGAGUCCCCCUUCUGCUAAAAAAAGACGCCAUUCAGGCGUGUCUAAGGGGACCAUUACUAAGCAGCCUCACGAAGUUGCUUCAACUUCCAGGGGAAUUAUACACGUUAACAAGUUCGAGCACCUAAAUUCAACGGUGGAGGACAUUUAUCAGGAUAUGGGUAUGGAAGCCACAGCCAUAAAUGGAGUGCAAGAGCUGGAGGCUCAUUCCAGACCUCCGGAUGACAUUCAGGUAGAUCGGAAUUAA